UCCUCAUUCGGCGCUAGAAGCAGAGAGAGCUAGAAGGGCGAUUUUUCUCCAGCGCAGUUUACAAACAGAUUUUCGUUCGAAAUGGCGACGCUGAAAAAAAUAAGUUCCCAGAUUCUGGUGGGCUUUCUGGUCGGAUGCGCCCUGCUCCAACUGACGCGAGGCUUCACCGUGGGGGACUAUCCUAAGUGGAAGCUGGCUGGCUGGAACAAACUACCAGGCUUCAAGGCGAGGAUCACUCAAAAGGGUCUUGACUUCUUCAGAGAUAUCGGCAUGGAGACGAUUCAAAAACACAUCCGAGAAAUGCAUAUUCCUAGUCAGCACGGCUCAGCUGGUCCCAUCGACUACGACGCAACAAAUAUCAGGAUCGUCUCCUUUGGGCUACCGGCCUCCGUCGACCCUAACAUCCCGUCCAAGGAUGGCCUGGCGCUUCAUGUGAGAAAGGGUUCGUUCUCCCUACAUGGGGAUCUCAGAUACAAGUUUGUGUUGACUCAUCAUGGACACUUCGAUGCCAAACUUGCAGAUAUCUCGCUCGAUGCUAACAUACGAAUCGGAGUGGACUCUACCGGCAGACCUACAGCAAGUGCUGAAAGCUGUUAUUUCCAUGUCGGAUAUGUUCAUGUCGAUCUUCAUGGCACGGCUCGGAUGUUUGAGGAUAAGGUCGCCGAUAAGUUGAAACAGACCUUGAAUCAACAGGUCUGCAGCAGUGUUAACAAAGCUAUCAAUCAGGAUCUGGAGAACAAAUUGAGAGCGCUAAACGUGACCAUUCCCUACAAAGACAUGUUCAAGUUUGACUACUCUCUCGUCCAAAGUCCAUCUUUCAAUGGCUCUGUCGAUACUGCUCACAAGGGCGAAGUGUACCCGAUUGGGAGUAAGGCCGAAUGCCCGAUACCAAUACCCGGGAUACCACAAGACUCGGAUCGGACUUCGAAGAUGCUGUUCUUGUGGGUAACCGACUACCUGCCCAACUCUGCCGGUUACGUCUUACAGGAAACCGGACAUCUGCAGCAUACUGUGACUCCCGAAAACGUGCCACCAGAAUAUAACAAAUACCUCAACACCUCAAGCAUGGCCCUAAAGAUGCUCAUCCCGCAGAUCAACAAGAUGUACCCGAACAUGGCGAUGUGGAUUAGUCUGAACAGCACCAAGGCUCCCGCGGUCAAGAUCGCUCCGGGCUGCAUCCAAGCCGUCUUGACUGCCGACUGCUCCCCAUACGCAGUUCAGCAGAACAAGACCAAGACCUUCCUGUUCACACUCGGCGUGACCAUUACUGUGGAAUUGACUGUCGGGACGAAGGGCAACAACAUCACGUGGGUCGUGUCCUCUUUCAGAACCACUUUGAAGGAGGGUCACUCUGAAGUGGGACCUAUUCCGGUCUCUAGCAUUCAGCAAAAAGUCGACAUGGCGAUCAAGUUGUUCAUACUCCCAAAGAUAAAUCGAAUGGGCGUGGCUGGAGUUCCUCUGCCCAAAAUGGAUGGGUUUGAGAUGACAAAUACAUCCAUCACACCAGGACUGGGAUUCCUGAAGAUUGGAACCGAUCUCGUUCACACGCACCAAUCGGCCAAUGCCGCCUAACGACUUUGUUGGUCCGUCUUGCUGGUCAUAAUAGUAUAGGUCUUUACAUUCACGAUAUGUGGCUUCUACCACGGACCUACUAUAUACAUGCUUCUAUCGAGCUAGGAUAUGUUGUUGUUGUUGGUAGUGGUGCUUUAAUAUGUCGAUUGUCCAUCGAUUAUUGGAUGAUUUUCGCCAGAGAAUAACUUAAGGGUGUGGUCCAUGCAUGUAAAUAUAAAAUAUAUCCUAUAACACUUUCAAUUUCACAAAGGACGUGUCGAGCUGUAAAGUUCACUACUUAUAUCAUCACUUUCACACUAUGGCCUAGGCCUACUACCGGAAAAGCAUAUCUACAAUAAGAAUUCGAGUUUCACUUAUAAUUAUGUACUAAUUUUUCUUAAAGAAAUACAUGUAUUAGGUUAGUAUUUUCACAUGCUUGAUAAAAUGUUAUCAUCAUUGGUAUGCUCAAGAUGUAGUGUAAAAUCUGAACAAAGUAGAUCAGUCGUAUUAAAAUAAUGCUGUUUUUGAAGCUGUGACUGCAAUGUAAAUAUUUCGCCAUAGGCAGUGGUAACUACAAUGGAAAUUAAAUUGCGUUAACAUGGUCAAACAAUGAAUGUGGCUAUAAUUGCAGUAACAUAUUUUCAUUGAUAAUGAGUAAUAAUAGUGUUGUAAAAGUACUUAAUAACAUAUGACCAUUUUUUUGUCAUUUUCAAACAAGCUUGAGAAUUUAGUAAAUUUUAGUUUAUUUUUUAUGAGUAUGAAUACAAAAUACAAUGGGAGGAAACUCAGGAAAGUACUCGAUUGUUAAACUUUGAAUAGACAAAUAUAUGUUACAACAAUAUUAAGCCCUACAUCACUGAAGGCGAUCCUUUCCUUCUCAUUUAGUUUUAAAAAUGUUUUAUUAAGCGGGUGUAUAGGACCUAUAUUAGAAACUUUCAAUCGACUAUUGUUGGUGAAAAGGGUGAAAUUGAAAUUUUAAAUAUAAUUGCUCUUAAAGUAUGCCUAUAUUUUGUCAAGAUAAUGAAAUUUGAAUAAAAUGCUCCUUAUGGCUCUGCCAAAAGCAAAACUCA